AUGACGGUGGAGGAUGGCGUGCCGAAUGAUGACAGAAAUACGGAGAUGUCAUCGCUAGUGUCAGAUAUUGGAACAUGUCAAAGCUUACCAUCGCUAAUUUUUACAUGUGCUCCACCAACUGAUAAUGAUAGCUCCAUCAUUGUUAGCCCAACAGCACUCACUCAGGAAGAUUCUCAAAAUGAGUAUGAGGUCGUGAAGGAAAAGGAUGAAAUCCGGAUAACCGGUGGAACCGAAAAAAGUUGGACAAGUAGAACAAAAAGACGAGUACACAAUGAAGAAAUAAACUAUGGAGAACGGAUUGCGGAUGAUUUAAUCAACGAAUAUUGUGAUAAGUUGAACACAGCACUGCGGAAUCGGUUUGAUGGCAUGCUUGCCAUUCAGUACAUUGCACUGGAUCCACAAAACCUGGAUAGACUCAUAACUGGUAGCAAACCGGUCCUUCAGAUUCUUUUGGAUCAAAAACGUGAACACUAUGUAUUGGUUGAACGAACUCUUAUUGAUAAUACCGUGGUCGUAUUUGACUCUCUUGCCACCUCUAGUAAAAAAGCCAGGGAUGCGUUAAAUCGUGGAUUAGCCGAACAGAUUUUCAAUAUGUUCAAACACGUAUCAUCGCCUGACGGAGUGAAAGUACGAUAUGAAAUUGCAAUCGAAAAACAAGAUGAUAUGUGGUCAUGUGGUUUACGCACAGUUGCAUACAUCACAUGCCGAGCGUUCGAUCGUGACCCUCAAUGCUAUAUAUUCAACAUGGAAAAAGUCUUCAAAUAUUUCUGUAAUUUACUGAAUGAGCAAAAUCCGAGUGCUGAAGAAUUUCGACAUGCAUUUGAACGAUUUGGGAAAUGGAAGCAUCAUCAUUUGAAAGCGGAAGAAGCCAUCUUUAAAAUAACGAAGCGAAUUGAUCAUCAACUUCAUAUCGAAAAUAGCGACAUGCAAGAAACGAAUAUGUUAAGCGAUAGCAGCACUACAUCUAGUGAACGUCAUGGAGAUCUAAGAAGAAAUGAUAAACAAGACGAUUAG